ACCGUUCACAGCGAAGCCAUAGUGUUAGAACUUAGAACCCCUAAAUGGCUAAAUCAGAAAUGUUGAAGAAGCAAAAGAUCGAAGGAGUUGAUCCGGCGGUGGUGUCUGUUCAGGAGGCGGACUCGGACUCCGACUCGGCCUCCGAUUUGGAACCGCGUUCCGGUGAAGAGAUGGAUUAUUCCUCCUCCUCCGAGGAGGAUCCAGAUGUCGUUGCACAGCGUCACAAACAGCAAAUUGCCUCGGUUGCGGAAGAAGCUCUGAAGCACUACAACUACAACCACCAGGGUGUAGAGUACGUGCUUGUGGAUUUCAUACUCAUCAAUGAUGUUCUUAUUCCUUCUGGAAUGUUCACCCACUCCAUGUUCACUGCUACGAAUCUCGUCUCGUCCUCCUCCUCCUCCAUGGAAAGCAGCCCUCCCACUCCUAAGACGGUCGUCAUCGAUAAUAACGAUGGGUCCUCCUCCUCCUCCAUGGAGAGGACUCCUCCUACUCCUAAGAUGGUCAUUGUCAAUAAUGAUAGUGGCUCCUCGUCCUCGUCCUCUAUCCCCAUCGAAAGCACCCCUCCAACACCUCCUAAAACUGAACUGUUCUUUGCUGAGACAGCCCUAUACGAGGGCCAGGGGAUGAAGCUCACUGUACAUUCUUGCGUCAUCAUAGAUCCUUCUGGACCUGUUCCCCCCAAAAUUGGUUGCCACUAUUGUUCGACGUUCACCAAGCAACCUUUCUACCAUCCUCCCGAGGAGCAGUUGGAGUUUGUUCCUAAGCCCUCAAGGAGAAUCUGCAGCUGCACGCCUCAGCUGCUCAUCAACAUCGAUAAGCAUGGCCAACCCAUCUUCGAUUGUGACUCUAGUUGCAAGCAUGGGUUUCUCCUCGAGAGGCGCGUUGGAGAUGUGUUCACUGUUGUUGGUGGAAACAGUGACUGCUUGGAGGAGAGGCCGGAGCUCGAGAGACGAGCUUGA